UAUACCAUAGAGUAUAACACGAGAGCAUAACUAAAGGCAUUCAUUCAAUGUUUGACUCAAAUACUAAUCAAUGCUAUUAUAUGUCUGUCAGACAACUAAACCAUUAAUUGUUUGCAAACAAUACUACAGAUUAUACUCUAUUAUAGACAUCAUUAGUAAGUGAAGUACUCUUCAAAGGAUCCAUUGAGUGAUUGUCUCCACAAAUGGCACCAAAAGUCAAUGAAUCGGAAGAUGAACUGAAAAAGCGCUUCAAAGAGUUGGUGUCCGACUUGAAUCUGGACAAAGGCAGUGCCGAAGAUGCCUGGAUCUCAUACCAGAGGAUUGGUAUCAAUUACACACUCGAGGGGGAUCAAUUGCAUUGGCUCUCGUGUGCCGUAUAUGUUGCCUGUCGUAAGUGUAUCACUCAAACUGUCGGUAAAGUUGUCAAAAUUGAAGGCAAUUUAGUUUCAUUGACUCGUUUGCUUAAGUCAUGUAAACUAAGUUUGGUUCAAUUCUUUAACAAAAUGAAGAAGUGGUCAGAUAUGGCCAAUCUAUCCGCAGAAAUGCGUCAAAAGAUUGACCAUUUGGAGCGUAACUUUAAUGUAUCGACAGUUAUCUUUAAAAAGUAUAAACCAAUCUUUGAGGAUGUGUUCAAAGAUCCUAUUUUUAUAAUCAACAAAAUGGCUAAAAAUAGAAAGCAAAGUCGGAAACAGUUGGUAACGUCUUCGGAUAUCUUUUCAUUUUGUUGGACACUCUUUAUUCACAUAAAAUCAAAUUUUCCACAAAUAAGCGAUGAUUUAGUCAAUUCUUACCAUUUAUUACUCGCUUGUAUUGAUUAUUGUUUUUCUAACGCAUUGCUCGCUGAAAAUUCUAAGGAGUUAUUGAAUAGUAAUUUCAGUGAAAUAUCUAAAUACUUGAGUGAAGACGGUGUGAAAAUUGGAGACAAAACAGUGUGUAUUAUACAGGCCUUAUGUGAUGAAUGGCACGGUAUUUCAGUUGAGGCCAAGACUAUCAAAGAGCACUGGUGUAAGCCAUGUAUUAAACGAAUGCUUGAAAAAGAUAACUUCAAGACCAAGAAUUCGGGUACUUUUGAUGUCAAUCAUUAUGAAAAUAAUUACAAACACAUAAUGAAAGAGUACGAUCAAUACGUGCUUAACAUUGGAGACUUUGAUGAACGCAUUUUUCUCAACGACAAUGCUUCUGAAGAAUUGGGAACUCCUCAAUCAGAUACCAAUGAUUUGGCAGAAUUGAUGCAAAGUCGGCAAAGUUCCCGAUGUCUAGAUAACCCAAACCCUAACUCAUUGGUUCCGACCACUCCUCUAACAAAUCGCCAUUAUUUGAGUCAUCGACAAAACAAUACACCAAUGACUCCAAUAGCAAGUGCUACCAAUAGUGUCAGUCGAUUGCAAUCAAUACUUUUGAAUCGAAAAGAUGAACCAAAUGAAACACUUGAAUCCAUAUUCAAGCAAUGUAUUAGAAAUCCAAGAGAAAAGAUACUAAAUUUGCUUAAGAUUAUGGGCGACAAGUUUCUCACUGCAUAUAACAAUGAUACGCAAUCUCCAUCCCCGGCAUCUCGUAUGCUGUCUACCAAUGAAGAGAUGGGUCCGCCAUCACCGACAAUGAAUACACAGAACGAUGAAUUCGCUAAAAAGCGUUUGCGUCUCGCGAUUUCAUUUUACUAUAAAUCACUGGAAAAUAUAUUAAUGAGUGAAAAGAAGAGAAUUGCUUCCGACAAAUUAGCUGAAAGUCUAACCAAUAUUCUGGAAAAAGAUAUCUUUCACUUGUCUUUGUUUGCCUGUUCUGUUGAGAUCAUUCUCUUCUCAUAUAAUGCCAAACAAACAUUUCCCUGGAUUUUGGAGGUCUUUUCAGAUUCAAAUGACUUAAGAUUACAUGCUUUCAAUUUUUACAAAGUUAUUGAACCCAUUAUUCGUGAAGAGGACAGCUUAUCCAGAGAUGUGGUCAAACAUCUUAAUUCAGUUGAAGAGCAAAUUCUAGAGAGUAUGGCGUGGAAAUCAGAUUCACCACUUUGGGAACUAAUACGAUCAAAUGGAACUGUUAAACCAAAUGUUCCCUCAUGUGCUGAAGUAUCUCUUCCAAUGAAUAGUUCUGGCAAUACUCCUUCCGUCUUAAAUUCUCCGGUUUCUCUUCUAAAGAGAACUGAAUUACAAUCAAAUAUGGGAUCUAUUAGUGAUAGAUUCAGCUCUCCUUACAAAAGUACAGCCAAACGGCAAUUGUUUGGUUCAACAAAAGCUGAAACGCCAACCACUUCAACAGCCAAUAUCACGCAAACGGGACAUAUCGUGCAAAUGAUGAUUCCGACUAAAAUGGAUAAUGGAGGAAUACAGUAUAUUCAGGUGCCGGCCAUUGCCUUCGGCACUGUUCCACAACAAAAUAACAACAGUCCCAAUGAAACUGCAAUCCUAGAGAAUGUUAAACCUCUAAAAUCAGGACCUAUUGGCUUAUUCUUCCGAAAGGUCUAUACUAUGGCUGGUCUUAGAUUAAGAGAUUUAUGCGAUCGAUUGAAUAUUGGUGAUGAAGAUAUCCGUAAAAAGAUUUGGACGUGUUUUGAACACUCACUUAUACAACACACUGAUCUCAUGCGUGACAGACAUUUAGAUCAGAUAAUUAUGUGCGCUUUCUAUGCCAUCUGUAAAGUUACGAAACAGAGUCAAACAUUUCAAGAAAUUAUGAAAUGUUAUCGACUGCAACCUCAAGCGGCCAGUCAUGUUUAUAGAAGCGUUUUAAUGAAUUCAGUUCGAAGACGACGACAUUCUGGAAGCAGUGAUACGAGCCGUAACUCAGGUUCGAGUUCGCCACUCAUGCAGGAGGAAAGGGAUCGAAUUCGUUCCUCGAGUACUCUACCAGUGCCUCAUCCAAACAGUCAGCCGCCAACUCCAACACGUGUUGCCGGCACUGGAUCUCAAUUUGAAUUUGAAGAGCGCGGAGACGUCAUUAUGUUCUAUAAUAAUAUCUUUUUGCCCGAACUAACUGUUAAAUACAUAAUGAAAUUCUCACCAAAUAUCUCAGAAUCACCUCCUCUGUCACCUCUUCCUCGUCUUAAUGCUAGUGCAAUGUCACCGUAUAGGCGAAUAUCACAACGUUUUCCUUUGUAUAUAUCGCCUCUAAAGAGUGCAAAUUUUCCGCCGUCACCGAACCGGCCGAUGUCAUACCGGUUCCAAAGUAGUCCCGCCAAAGACUUGCGAGCUAUUAAUAAUAUGAUGAGAAGUGGUUCAGUCUCACAGAGAGUGAGUAAAAGGAUAUUCCAGGACGACGUCGAAAGUGAGAAUUCGCCCACAAAAAGACAGUGUACUGACACUAUGAACCGUAAGAUUAGAGACAUUGUCACUGAAAGACAAAGUUUAGAAUCAAAUGGUUCUCUCAAUAGCAAUGGUAACAUUGAUAAUAGCAAUGAUUGAAUCAUUACUAUUGUUAUCUUGAAAUUUUUGAUCAUGUUUUGACACUUUAAUUGUUUAAUGUUAAACAAAUCAAUAUUUAAUUUAAUUUAAUUAAUAUAC